AAUUUCUCCUCUUCCAUCAUCAGCAGUCUGUCUGCAAGGGUUUAGCUAGGGUUUUGUGUGCCUGUAAUAAACCAUAGAGAAAUCAACCGAUUUCUCCUCCUUAUAGCAUGUUUACAUUAUUAAUGUCUUCCUGCCCACAACCCAUAACAAUCCACUCCAUUCCUUCAUCUUCCUCAUUUUCCCGCCAAUCCCCAACCACACUUUCAUUUCAAUCGAUUCGCACAACUAAACCACAUCAAACCCACAAUUUCAAAUCACGGAUUAAUGCAAAGGGUCAGACCGAUUUCAAUUCCCGCGGCGAACCUGAAGACCAAGUCUUGUCAACGGAUGCAUUUUGGGGAGGAGAAGAUGCAGUAGGAGAGAAAACUUUUGAUAAGAACCCUGAAUUCUCUGAUAUUCUCGGUACUUGUCUCGACGACCCUGAAAAAGCUCAAUCCAAGAUAGAAGAAAGAUUGAGUAAGAAAAGGAACAAAAUCUUGCAAACUAAGACUGGUUCAGCAAAACCCAUGAAAGUGAAAUUCAACAAAUUUGAUUUCUCAAAUUCAUACAUAUGGUUUGAAUUGUAUAAUAUUCCUCUUGAGAAGGAUGUUAAGUUGAUUACUGAUGCAAUUCGUUCAUGGCAUAUUAUUGGUCGUCUUGGUGGAUGCAACUCCAUGAAUAUGCAAUUGUCUCAAUCUCCUUUGGACAAAAGACCGGUUUAUGAUGCGAAUCAAGGAGCAAAUGCAACUCCGACGACCUUUUACAACAUCGGGGAUUUUGAGAUUCAAGAUAACUUAGCCCGUAUAUGGGUUGAUAUUGGUACAAAUGAACCCUUAAUGUUGGACAUUCUAAUAAAUGCAUUGACACAGAUAAGUUCAGAUUAUGUUGGAAUAAAGCAAGUUGUGUUUGGUGGAUCUGAAUUUGAAAGUUGGAGUGAGGAAUUAAGGUCAGAGGCUGCUGGUUACAGUCUUCAUAAAAUAUAGGCAGCAAAUGGAAGAAGAAUAUGUGAUCUUCAUUUUGCAAUUUUACUUCAAUAGAUAGAACAAAUGUCUGUAAUGUGUAAUACAAAGUAUGUAAAAUCUUUGAAUGAUGCAGUUAAGUUUUAAUUUGAGAAUAAUCCUUUGAUAAAAUUGUAACUGAAGGUUAAAUAUUAAAUUUUAAGUUCUA